AGUCACCUCCGUUCACCUCAAGGCGCUCAGUCCGCCCGAGUCGUGCACCACGAAACACGCAGCAGGCAGCACGCAGAGCUCCGAGGUUCUUGCAAUCGCACCGUUCCCUCCUAGGUGUACGCACGCGCUCGCGCCAGCUUUUUGCCUCGGUUUCGCGAAUCGCACCACGCACGUGACACCCGGUGUCCGAAGAAAUCACCGGCAGAGGAAAAAGGACCGAAUCACGUUGCGGGACGAGAUGGUCGUUGUGAGAGUGAGCGAAAAACUCCGCGAAAAAUAGCUAUUAAGGUAUAUGCUGCGGUGCUCGAUCCUAGUUUGCCUGCAGGUCCGCCCACGAGUGUCAGACGUGUAGACUCUGUGACGUCCGGGUUUGGAUGAUUUGCGUGUUUCUUGUGUGAAAAUCAACGGACAUGAACUUUUGGUGAUGGUGUUGUGUGACGACUGAUCAGGCUUGAAUCGACUUGCCACUACAGGAUUGGUGACUGACUGAAGACCCAGGUCCUCGAGACGGUCAUCGGAGAUGACUCCUACCUCCACCGACAAACGGGAAGAAUGAAGAAUUCGGGAGGACUAGAGCUUGAUUAUUUGAAUUUGAGAAGUGCAAGAGUGUUGGGGGUGACUCGCGAGUGACGUCAUCCGUGGCGAUUUUUGAAUCUCGUGAUUUAAGUGCGCGUGAUAAAAAAGAGGAUCGGGGUGUGUUCCAUGCUUGAAAUGGAUGUUGUGUCAAAGAAGGAGAGCGAAGCAGUGUUAAUAUAUGGAUGCCCAUGGGUGGAACUUGGCCGAAAUGUGCCAGCGUUAUCAUCACGCUGUACCAGGAGGACCGGCGACCCAAAAUUCCCCAGCUAGGGACUCCAUACAGGGCCUGUCGACCCCAUCCCACCUCGACCAGGCCAGUCCCUCAUAUUCCCAUUAUACGAUGCUCGAUAAUUAUGACCGAGGAGAAGUAACGCCACCGCCUGUCAGCAGUUAUGGAGGUUCACCGGGUCUUCUGGCACUUCACUCCUCUCUCUACGCGACGUCAACUUCGAGAGCGUUUGACAUCGAUUCUAACAUCGAUGGCAACGAGAGCUCGAUGCCGAUCGACACUCAGAUUAUACCGAUUCCGGGGAUGCUGAGUGGUCCAGGACAGCAGCGAUUGGACGAUAUGUCCUGGUUAACGUCCGGGACGUCCUUGGACUACCAGCAAGGUAUUUCGGCUAUCCCGAGUGGCGUCAAAAUGUGCCAUCCUGGCAGUUCCGCCCAGAGGAGUUUGAAAGAGCAGCGCAUACGGCGACCGAUGAACGCUUUCAUGGUCUGGGCAAAGGUCGAGCGCAAGAAAUUGGCCGAUGAGAAUCCCGAUCUUCACAAUGCCGAUCUCAGCAAAAUGCUCGGAAAGAAGUGGCGAGGCUUGACGCCACAGGACAGGAGGCCCUACGUGGAGGAGGCUGAGAGGCUGAGGGUGAUUCACAUGCAGGAGCACCCGAACUACAAGUAUAGACCGCGUCGAAGGAAACACGCAAAAAGGGCCCCUGGUGCCCCCUCUUCGCCCCCCUCGGCGACAAACGCCCCUGGAAAUAGGGCCAACCCUAACACUGCCGCUAUCCAUCAUUCCAUGUCGAAAAUGGAUAGUUAUCAAGGAAUGUCUCAAAUGGCUUGGGGAGGGCACUCCCCAAUGUCUUCCAUGUAUCAUCCGCAACAGCAACAGCAGAACAUCCAAGAAUACAAAUCUGAAACUAAUUCUAUUUAUGGGAGUCCCUACACGCCCAUCAUCCACACACCUGACAUCACACCUGUUGCAAGUCCUGAACCCGAUGCCGAUGGACAUAUGCCUUCGUCCCAAAAUCAAGACCAGGAUCGAGACGUGAUGGAACGUACAUCUAAGCAACAUAGUGAUAUUUCCGAACAAACAAAACGUUACUCUUUCAUGAACGAGAAUCACAUGCAUCCCCCACAUAGUGUGGGUAUAUCAUCUUGUCCUGGCACUGGAGGCUACACAGAUACCUUAACUUACAAGAAGGUUAGUUAUCUGAAUUUCGAGAGGCACAGUUCGAGCAUAGCGGCUGUGGGAAUAGCGAACGGGAUGAUGGUCUCGUGCAACAAAUUGCGGUCUGGAUUUGAAGCCGUUGGUUCAGUGACUGGGACAUUUUAUCCGCCAGUUGCUUCGCCUCACGAUCAAUCUCUUCACUACAAUACAGCUCCAUCUGCAAAAUCGAGCUAUUCCAUGCAAUCGGGCGUUGAGAGCGGAUACAACUCGGUCCAGUGCAAUAGACAACAGAAUAUGGGACAUCGGGUCAGCGAAGGUUGUUCAGGGGUUUCACAUAGAUAUCAACUCCAACAUCACCAAGAGUACCAAGAGAGCACAUCAGCUCAACAUCAGCAGCAGCAGCAGCAACAGCAACAACAGCAGCAACAACAACAAAUGUCUCAUAUGGAGACAAGUCUCCACGAUGAAGAACAAGAACAUGCCCUCCAAUUAGAAAAAUAUUUCAAAUACUCCCACCCCUCAUCAGUUGGCCAUUCGAGCCUUUCUGCUCAAAAUCUCCUUGACAGCAAUCACAACUACGCAAGUGAUUUGCGUUAUUAUUCCCCACAGCAGACUCAACUGGAUCUAUCGAACUCUCAGUGUAUUAUAGACGAACAAAACAAAGAGAGUCAGUGUUCCAGUGUUGGAAUCAGUCACAUGGAACAGCAGUAUCAUCAGGCCUUGGAUGCCUCUAAAUAUCAGGAGCACCAACAACAACAACAACAGCACCAACAACAACAGCAACAACAACAACAGCAACAACAAACCCAGAAUAUAGAACACGUGUCUAAAGCUGAUGACGAUUUUAGCGUGAUUUUGGCAGAUGUUCGAAAAACUUGUUACAGUAGUUAGGAUAUUUUUAUUCUAAUCUCAGAAAAGAGAAUAUCGAAAAUUUUCUGACUUUCGGGAUACUCCUUGCUGAUAAACUUUGUCCCGAAUUUUUCGGAUAUUUUUCUACAAGGGAGAUGCAAUUACAGUAAACUAGUUACAGAAACAAAACGAUUUUGAUUUUUUGGUAAUAUAUGAUUGAGGAAAUUUCUUUAUCGACUGUCGAUAAAGCUGAUACUGCCUUAUCAGCGUUUACAUUAAACGGAAAUCAUAUUUACCGACAGUCCGAAAAGAAGAGAGUGCAUCUAUCGGCGGCCGGUAAACCAGAAAUUGUCCUUACCUACAGUUGGUAAAACUUCUUUACCGGCAGUCGCGAAAAUUAUGCAAUUUUAUCAAGUUGUUCUUCAUUGUUGGAAAAAUUGAGCGUCGUUCAAAUUAGUGUACAAAUAGAGACUCGUAGCAAGCUAAGUGCGGCAGUAACGCCUUAAUUUUUUUCUUAACUACACCUACACUCUAGAGUUACGCGUUCAGGUUCAUCCAGCAGGCAUGUAGUUGUUAAUAAAAAUGAUCUCGAUCGAUGGACUGAUCUGCACUUUCUGCUCUUCGAUUUCGACCAAUCAGCCUCUGAAUGAAGGUCUUUUUGAUCAUCGUACUUAAUAUUAAUAGAAAAGUAAUACAGGAAUAAAAACACAAAUUAUGGAAAAAGGAAGCCGCUGUUUCUCUAGAUAGAAAAUUUAGAAACGAUAAGAUUGUAAGAGAAAUUGCAGGAAUUCAGCAAUUCAGCAAUUUCGACUCCUUUUUUCGAAUCUGUCCCUUUUUUUAAGACUGGGUGCGUUCACGAAAGAAAAGACGACUGCGUAUCGCGUACUUUAUUUUUAUUAAAUACUUAUAAAAAAAUAUGUGUAUAUAAGUUACAACAUCGUAUGUAAAGCGUAAAUAAUAUUUUAAAGUUAUGGUUACGAACUAGGAGCGACAAUAAAGAGGAGAGGUUUCCUCUCAUUUUUAGUAAGCCCUUGUUCCUUUCAUUUUUCAUUUUAAAAAUCCU